GCGUUUGCAUCAUUCGGCCUGAUGGUUUGUGUAGAGUUGUAGGAUGAGUUUAUUAUAAGGCCCAGGCUUUAUUUAUGAGUAGAGGAUUAUUAUACUCCAGCUAUAUCAGAAGCUCCAGGAGUACAUGUUUAACUCCAGGACAAUUCAUCUUCUACUUUUUUCCUCUUUUUUUUUUUUUUUUUUUUUUUUUUUUUAAAGAUUGGAGCCAAAUGGGACCCAGAGGGAUGCUGCCGCGUCUGUCGUUACCUUGAACUGAAGAUAUCUGAUCAUCAGGUGCUUAAAGACUGAUCCCAGAACAGUCUACACUCUGGAGCAGAACCAGUGGCUGUCUAUGUUAAACAUUUUUCUGCAAUCAUCAUGAUUGACUUGAGCUACCUGACUGAGGAGGAGCAGGAGAUGAUCCUGUCGGUUCUGAAGAGAGACGCUGAGCUGAAACAUGCAGAGGAGCAGCGAAUCAAAAAGCUGCAGAAGACUGAGCGAGAUAAGUGCAAACUAAAGUACCUGACAGGAGAAUGGUUUUACGAGACCAAGUCAAACAGACACAGAGACAAGACACAUGCCUGCGACAUCAUUAAAGCGUCCAUGUCACGCAGGAAACCUGUAACAAUAAUGGAGCUCACACAGAUUUGGCCAGGAAAGUCAAACUUUUUGAAAAUUGCCAGCAAGGACAUCUUUAUCCCACCAGAACUGUCUGGAUUAAUCGGAGAAGCAUCAUCAGUUGGACAUGAUAACAGGGAGGAUCACUAUGAAGUGGCAGAAUAUAAACCUUCCACAAACCCUCAGAUAAAGCCCAGACAGAAUCCUUUUAACAGCAGGCCCAUAGGGGCAGAAUCUCCUGUUAAGACAGAUGGACAUUUGCGAACUGGUGCAGGGAUCCAGCAGACACCAACGAUCUCGUACCAGGCUCCUGCAGAUCAGCCUCUGUCAUCAUUGCCUAAACCAUGCCAGGCACCACAGAUCCUUGCUGAGGCUUAUCAUGAGGAUCUUGCUGUGCCUCGUUCCUCGCAGGUGUCUGAGCACUCUGACCCUUUUGAAGAAGAAGGUAAGGUCAAUCAACUAAGCACAAAGGGCCAAUUCCAUUCAUUAACAGAGGAGGAUGAAAGCUCCAUCUAUAAGGUACUUGGGUGGGUUGGAAUGAUGUCCAGACACAAUGGCAAAGGAAAUGGAGGGCCAGGUGUUCAAGAGGAACAAAACCGAGAGGGCCCUGAAGAUCAUGGUUCUCCAGACACAGAAAAUAUAUCUCACAUUCCAGGAGAAAUAAAAGCAAACCUCUCACCAAAAGAUAAAAUACCUGGGCUGUAUUUAAGAAAAGACCAGAGAGUUGAGACUUCCGAAUAUGUGCAAGGUAACGUUGAAGUAAAUGACGUGUUUCGACCUGAUGACAAACAAGACAGCGUUAUUUUAGAAUGUUCUGCACAACAUUCUGCUUCUGGGAUGAACAUCUUAACAGAUGAACUUGAAGCAAAUUUUCCUCAUUCUGUAAUAGAUAGAUCAAACAACAUAGCUGAUGAUGAUGUACAACAACGAGAAAGCCUAUGCCAAGAAUCACAAAACCGACUUGCUGGUCUGAUGUCUUUUUGGGAGAGUGAGAACAAAGGGCCAAAAGUAUUGAGUUUCAAAAAAAGUGUGAUCAAUGAGAAAGUGUCGGAGCAAAAGAUAUCAUCAAAAGAAAAACCUUCUAAAUACACAGAUGUUUGUGCGUCAUAUAAAGGUUUUUCUGACUCACAUAAUGGAGCAAGAUUUGAUGAUAACAUUUCUGUUAUACCAUUUCUGGUAUACGAUAUAUCUGUUUUGGAGAAAACGUCAUCUUUUGAUCCUGAUCAGAGUCCACAGGGGCAUGAGCUUGAAAGAGAAAGCACAUUUAAGUCAAAAAAUUCACCAACUAAACAAAAGGAAGAUAUUCCUUUAUCCAAACUAAAGGAAUCUCCUUUACUGUCACUCAGAAAUGUUAGUACUGAGCAGGAUACCCCCAGUGAUCUCAAGGCAUACUGGGAGAAAGAAAACAGUAGAUUUAAUAUCAUUUCCAGCUCUCCUGACUGUGAACAUCAUUCUCAACAAGGUCUCAACCAGCCCAUUUGUACCAGCCCAAAUGACCUGGAACCUGGGAUUAGGAAUAUCAGUCCAGUCUCUCAGGAUCACAGUGACCAGUUAACAGGUGACACAGUGAAAACCCUUCAGCAAACCAGAAUACCCAGUCCAAGAAACAUGCCUAAAGUGUUGUUUAGAAUCAAGGAGUCUAGAAAGGUUGGAGCCUUGCCUUUAGAUCUCAGUCAAAUUGAAAAGAAAGGUUUGGAAUGCACAUUUAAAGGACAGACCAGAAAACCACAUGGACUAAGUGGAGUAGAGUCAAGUCCUGAGGAAGAUGAGAAAAUGUUAGAUGAGAUGCAAGAGAAGCAUCUCCUGUCUUUUUCAGGAAAUACACCUGAGAAAAACAUACAUUGCCAGCUUACAUCUCCACAAUCCCAGGCUCCAAGUACAAUGUGCAUAGACAAAACAAAUAUUAAACAGUCUAGUCAAGUGCAUUCUUUGCCUGAGCAGCAUAGAAAGACAACCACUGAAAUAUCAGGAGAAAGCAUUGAGGAUAAAACACCAGUAGUGCUCACAGAACAAAUGCAGCUCGAUGAUUUGGAGAACAAACCCUCUCUAACCAGGCCUUCCAUUCACCUGAAGUGUCAGAAUUCCCCAAGCUUAACUGAGAACACUAACAUGUCUGGAGUUUCAGACCAAACAGACGAACAAGAAUGGGCUGGAGUGCAUGUGUGUGAGAGUUCUGAACACAUGUCACCCUCUGGGCAAGGUCAGCCUGAAUCAGAGAUCACCCUUUACUCCUUCAGCAGCACAUCAGCUGAAGCCUGGUCUCAAUCUCGGACAAGUUCAGCCUAUGGCAAUAAAGAUCCUAACCUAGUAAGAACAGCACAAAACCAAGCCAGUGUCAGACCCCUUUCGAUUUCAAAGAGUUUAGAGGAUCUGGCAACCCUGCCUUCAAAUGAAAGAUGGAACAAUGAACCGACGAGUGGUGUAAUACAGACAGUGCAAAAAGCUCCUGAUUCACUCAGCAUUGCUGUCUUGGACCCAGAGAAGAGUAAGAGGCUGAGUGUCUCUGUACCUGCUUUUAUGCAUGAGCAGGGUAACGGGGGAGAAAGUGACUGUCUGUCGGUGAAUAGUUUCUAUUCGGAAAGACAGAGGAAAAGCAGCACAAAUACUAACACCAGUGCCUCCUCUGGCCUUGCCUCCAUGUCUUCUGUCAGCGGCAGUGUGACGAAUAUUUAUGGGACAGAUUUUGGACACGUGGAUAUUAAGGGCUCAAUCCAGUUCGCCAUUAAUUAUGUGAAUAAACUGGGAGAGCUCCACAUUUUUAUAGUCCAGUGCAGAGAUUUGGCAGUGGCAGAGCCUAAGAGGAACCGUUCGGACCCAUAUGUCAAGUGCUAUCUUUUACCUGACAAAGCAAAGCUGGGGAAAAGGAAAACAUCUGUGAAGAAGAAGACUCUGAAUCCUACUUAUAAUGAAAUUCUACGGUAUAAGACACCACUGGAGAGUUUAAAGUUCCACACUUUAAAUAUCUCAGUGUGGCAUCAUGACACGUUUGGGAGGAACAGUUUUCUUGGGGAGGCCAAUGUGGAUUUGUCUGACGGGGACAAUAAUACAAACAUGAUGGACUUUCCCCUUAAAGGAAGGACUCAAACUCCAUCCAGUCCAAAGCACAUUAGCCACAACAUGGAAAUGUGUGGAGAUAUAAGAAUAUCUUUGCGUUUUCUUUUGCAGACACAAAGUAACAAGAUGACCCAGACUGGUGAGAUCCAGAUCUGGGUAAAGGAAUGUACAAAUCUACCAUUCAAAAGAAGGACUGUAGACCCCUUUGUAAAAUGCUCAAUAUUUCCAGACAACCCUCAGAAGAAACGACAAAAAACUCAGGUUGUGAAGAGGACGGCAAACCCAGUGUUUAACCACAUUAUGGUCUAUGAAGGCCUAAAACCAGAGGACCUGCAUGACACCUGUGUUGAACUCACUGUGUGGGACCACGAUCGGCUCAGUAAUCACUUCUUAGGAGGCACGAGGCUUAGCCUAGGGACAGGUAAAAGUCACGGCACUGAGGUAAAGUGGAUGGAUUCUAACUCUGUGGAAUCUGAAUUGUGGAGAAGAAUGAUCGAAUCAAAUAACCAAUGGGUAGAAGACACUGUACCUUUAAGGAUGUUUGUCAUGGCAAGACAAUAACAGUUCAAGAGUUGGGCUCAAAAAAAGUGUGUGUGUGAUAUAUAUAUAUAUAUAUAUAUAUACAUAUAAAAUGUAUGUAUGUCCUAUAAGAAAAUAUGCAUGACUUUGUGUGAACACUAUACUAUGUAUGGAAAUGUACUGAAAAGCUGUUCGUAUUACCUGUUGUAUAAUAUUAAAAUAUAUACAGUACUGUA